UUUAGAGAGGGGUGCACGGCGCACGCUCGAUUUUCCGAAUACAAAUGUGAACAAUAUCCGAAAACAUGAGUAGAAAAUCCUGCUGCGUCUCCGGAUGUCAGAAGACGAAUAUAUCGAAUCCAGAAUGUACAUUUAAUCCACUCCCUACAGAGGUGUCUAGACAACAUGAGUGGCUAAAAGCUAUUGGUAGAUCAGACUUGAUGCUUCAAGCUCACAUGCACCCUUUCUACGUCUGUUCAUCACAUUUCGAGGAUGAAGACCUGAAAUGUACCAGUCUUCUUUUACCCAACGCUUUACCUAGCCGGCACCUCCCAGAGACAUCAUCUGAUACACCACAACGCUCGCAAAUAGAUAAAUCUUCAUCUGUAUUAGAAAUUAAAGGUGACGAACAACCACAAAAUGAUGUUCUACUUGAAUUGCAAGACGAGCUUACUAAAAACAUUCGUAAACUAAUAAAGGAUCAAACUGUAGUCGAAAAAGAUAGAAAUAGUAAGGAAUUCUUAUUUUAUGCGUUAAAUUUGUAUCUUUUGAACCCACAAACCUAUAACUUUAUAAGAGAAACAUUAAAUUUGCCGAGCGAAAAGGUUCUUAAAAAAAUUAAAUUGAAGAUUACUCCAAAGCUUGACAAGGAAGCUUUGGAUUGCUUAUCUUCGAAAUUAAAAUCGUUUCCUGACAAAGCUAAAUAUUGUACAGUUUGCAUAGAAGCCGUGAAUUUAAAGAAUAAUAUGUACUAUGAAAUAUCAAAUGAUGAAUUAAUUGGUCUUCAGGAAAUAAACGGGGUAAAGACUGAUGAGUUGGCUCGUAUGGCGUACGUGGUCAUGUUGCGGAGUAUCCUGGUCAAGUGGGACCAGCCUGUCGCCUACUGCUUUCUAAGCGGUAAUAAGAAUGUCGCGCAACUCGAAUCUUGGGUAGACGGAAUUAUCACCAGCCUUUUAGACAUUGGAUUUGAAGUUAUGGCCUUGGUUACCAACCAAGGAAGCGGUGUCAAAAAACUUGCGACCGAAAUAAAACGCAUAUCGCCAAAGGAACCCUAUUUUGUGUUAAAUAACAAGAAAAUAUAUUACAUUGUUGAUUUUCCGCAGUUGUUAAAUUAUCUAAGGACUAAUUUCGGUUCAAAAGAUAUCAGUUAUGAUAAUAAAAGGCUGUCAUGGCAGUAUAUCGAGUCCUUGUUUCAACUGGAAAGCAAGAAGACACAUAAAAUUAUUCCAAAAAUAAUAAGUGGGCACGUAACGCUCCAUAAUGUCACGAAGAUGACUACGGUUAAGUGUGCGGCAGAAAUCUUCAGUAACACUGCGUCAACUGCUAUACACGCUUACGUAGACACAAAAGAGCUGCCCGAGGACGCUAGAGAUACUGCCGACUUCUGCUUGUUUUUAAACAACCUGUUUGAUGUCCUGAACUCGAGCACAUACGAAAAUGACAAUAUGUACAAAUGCGCUCUCGGUUCAAAUGAAUCUCAGAUGAAACUUCUUCAAGAAGCUGUAAAUGUGUUUAGUAACUUACAAUGGAAAUUUGCUGAACACAAAAAAGAGACACAGAAAACGAGAGGAGGAAAUAAGAAAACACCACAUAACCAUCGCACAACAUUUCCGGAUAUACAGAUAACACUUAAUUCGGUUAUAUCUAUCGCUCAAGAUUUAAAUAAGCUUGGACAUAAGCUUUUACUGACGCAACGAUUAAAUUUGGAGCCUUUAGAUAAGUUUGCAGAUUUAAUUAGAGGUGUAUCUUCAAAACGCGAAACGAAAGAAGCAAUAAAGCCUUCUGCUAUUAAGUUCAGUAGAAACUUUUCCAAACAAUUUGUUAAGUACAUUUUAACUAAGUCGCCCCUUUCGAACAGGCCAAGCGCUUUCCAAAAGUAUUUUGAAGACGCGACGCUAUUGGAAAUAAGUAAAAUAAGCGAUAUUCCCAGUAGGCCACUGAUAUUGUUAGGACGAGGAGAGACUGACUACCGAAUGCAACUACCCAAAGAUCAUCCGACAAUUUAUGUAGCCAGUUACAUAUUUUACAAAUGCCAAAAGACACAUAAUUGCAAUAUGCUUGAUCAUUACGUAUCGACAUUACCAGAUUUGGCAAAAACUAAAGUUUACGACGUCUACAACAAAAAAGCACCGUUUUACGGAAAACUCAAAUUGUUGACUUACCCAUUUAUUCGGUAUAUUGAGCAACUCGAGCUUGCGUUUACGCAAGUUUUCAAUAAAGGGGUUUGGUCGACUCCUGAACAUCCCGGCUCACAAGCUUUUACCAAUCUGAGACCCAUACCUUUCCCAGAUCCGCCAUGCAAGUGCUUUCCGAAGAUCUAUGCAGUAAAAUUACUGAUCAGGCUGAGAAUAUAUGCCACAAUUAAGGCGUAUAAUAAACGAAUUAAAAACCAGAAUAUAAAUUUAAGUCAAUUUCUUUCCGAGCUGAGUAGAAAAUUGGAAGAGGUAAAAUAAAUUAGU